GCUCGGACGCGCACCCGCGCCCCCAGCCUGAAGGAGGACUCCAGGUGCAGCUCUUUGGCGCAGCGUUGCACAGCGCCUCAAAAAGACAGUCCACACGAGGUCGCAGCAAGCCUCGGAGAUCCGAGAUGCUCCUCAGUGUUGGUUCCUCCAGACGUGGAAGUUCGAAUUCCAAUUUUUCUGAGUUUGGUGACGAAAAAAGACGGUCAUCGAAGAACAGCAGCAAAGAUUCAAGCAUGGCGGUGCCGGAUUCUUACGCCAUCCAGGAGGUGGCGGAAGCGGCGCCGAGAUCUCGAGCGAAGGAGUUUACUGAACAGCGCCUUGCACAGACGCUGCAGUUGCCGCUUGAAGUUGUCAAGCAGGCGGCUCACUGCUUCCGGCAGCAUGCAGCAUGUGAUCCUCCUAAGCGUCCGGACUUGUGGCGAUUGAAACAGUCCGAUUUCGAGAAGGUCCUCUGCGAUUUGUGUUCGGUGGCAAACACCCAAGAGCUCCCGCAGCACUUCGUUUCCAAGGCUUUCAGGCUUGCGGACAUGACGAAGAGUGGAGACCUGGAUCUCCAGGAGUUUGUGACUUGGUAUGCCACCUUCAGCUUCUCGGAGGAGCUGCUCCUUGGGAAGUCAACCAAGAAUGUUCGGUCUGUUGCCAGAACUCUGGGGAUCAAUUUGCUGGACAUCGAGCGGUACAAGCGUGUCUUUGACAGCUACGACAAAGACAAAAGUGGUGUUAUUGAGAUGGCAGAGUUUCGGCUGAUGGUGAAUCGAUUGCUCAAGGUGCCGGCAGGACAUCACUUGCCGUUAUCUGUGGUGAAAAGCUUCUGGAACAUGGCCGACAGUGAUGGAAAUGGCGAGAUCGAUUUCCCGGAGUUCUGCGAGUUCUAUUUGAAAGUUUUCCUGAAGGAUGAGGGAGGUUUCCAGCUGAGUGACCUGUACAGAGACAUUCGAAAAGUUCCGGUCAACAGCCGGUGGGUGGUCACCAUGGGAGUCAAGAAGGCAACUACAAGGCAGGCGUUGCUUUGUCCGAAACCUGGCCGCCUGCUGCUGCGAAAGCAUCUCCCAAAGAGGAAGAGGCUUUCACGCGGGACAACUCCGCUUGUGUCCAGGGCAUGGUGGUCAGAGCUUCCAGGCUGGAUUGCCCUUCAUGCAGAGAGGGGACCAGUGCGCAAGUGCUGGGAAGGUCAUCGGCUGGUUCUCGACAGCCAGGAUGGCCGACGUCACGGGUGCUGCAGCAGGUGCUUCCGGCAGCCUGCAGCUGGCGAGACAGUCCUUGUGUGUCAUUCGUGCACUUGGACUCGCUGCAUGGCUUGCGCUAGCCGGUCCCGGCUGCCCAGGCUAUCGGAAGAUCCGCUCUUCCGCGGUCCCAAUGUGCCGUGCUUGUUGAAGCCAGCUUUCGGCGACAAAGCAUUAGCAGGCAAUGGUACCGUCAUCAUAUGUCCUGGCGGCAACUACGAGUUCCUUUGCCCGAACGAAGGUCUGCCAGUUGCAGCCUGGCUGGCCAGGCAUGGCAUCCAGGCGCUUGUCCUGCGUUAUCGGCUUUUGCCACGGCACAGCUUUGAGGAUGCACUGGCCGACCUAGAGGCAGCAGUGGCUUUGGUCCGGCGGCACAAGGAGGGGCCGGUGGCUGCAGUCGGAUUUUCUGCCGGAGGGCACCUGGUCGCAUCGCUCAGUUUGCGCCUCGGCAGAAGAGACAGGCUGAGCGCUGGUCCUUUGGAUGCGCAGGUUUUGGUGUACCCGUGCAUUGACAGCUCCGGCUGGGCCAAGCCCUGCGAGGCAGGCUUUUGGGACACGGCUUGCUUCAAGAAAGCGGACAUGCUUUUGGAAGGCCAGCAAGCGCUCGUCGGAGGACGUGGCUUCGCAGCGCCGCCCAGCUUCGUUGUUGGCUCCACAGGCGAUGCUGUGUGCCCAGCGAAGGUCCACACAGAUCCAUAUGUGGAGGCGCUGCGCAAGAGGGGAAUCGCCCAUGAGUACAUUCGUGGAAAUCUCGGAGAGCAUGGUUUCGGGCUGGACCCGUGUUGGAGCGGUCCUGCAUUGCGGUGGCUGCAUCAGCGCGGCUUUGGGAAAAAGUGCCCCGCACGCUCCUGGGCUGGCUUCCGUCUGGCCGCUAGGCUUCCAGGAGCAUUCGACCACUAG